GUUCGUCCCAACUUUUCUCACCCCGGGCAGGGCGCGACGGGCGCAGUCCGCGGGCAGGUUGCUGCGCUCGUGCUCGCUCCGCCGCCUGCCCUCCGGGCGCCGGUCCUCGGCGAGCAGCCGCCACUCCGUGGCCCCUGGCGGCGCGUCCCCUGCCACCUCGGCCAGCCUCCCCGUCCCGGCUCCCUCUCUGGCGGGACAGCCCCGCGCCGGGGUGGCUCUCCUUUCCCCCCUUCUCCGGGCGCCCCCGCACCAACUCUCGCGCCGGGAUCGCAGCGGAAACCUCCCUCCCCUUUCGCCUCCUCCGGCUCCUUCCCUCCGCCCCUCCUCCGCCAGCCACUGGAAUCAAUUCCUUGGGGGGACUUGGGGCUCCGCCGCCCGCGGAGGGCAGCCUUUCGGCGCGGGACUCCGGGGUUCCGACGGGGCCAUGUAAGCAGCGACCCUCCGGAGCACCACGCCGGGCAUGGACGCCCUUUUCCGCACCUGGAGGAGCACGGGUGGUAGUGCCCCGUCACGAAGCUGCUAAGGCCAUCUCAAGGGCGUGGGCGCCGGGACACGAGGGCGGCAUCCCAGGCCUGCAGAGCCAUGCCUUUCGGCCUGAAGCUGCGCCGGACGCGGCGCUACAAUGUCCUGAGCAAGAACUGCUUUGUCACUCGCAUCCGCCUGUUGGACAGCAGUGUUAUCGAGUGCACGCUGUCCGUGGAGAGCACGGGGCGGGAGUGCCUGGAGGCGGUGGCCCAGAGGCUGGAGCUGCGGGAGACACACUACUUUGGCCUUUGGUUUCUCAGCAAGAGCCAGCAAGCACGAUGGGUGGAGCUGGAGAAACCUCUGAAGAAACAUCUGGACAAGUUCGCUAAUGAGCCUCUGCUUUUCUUUGGAGUCAUGUUCUAUGUGCCAAAUGUGUCAUGGCUUCAGCAAGAAGCCACAAGAUAUCAGUAUUACCUGCAAGUCAAAAAAGACGUGCUUGAAGGGCGGUUGCGGUGUUCGCUGGAACAGGUGAUCCGGCUGGCAGGCUUAGCUGUGCAAGCUGAUUUUGGAGAUUAUAAUCAGUUUGAUUCUCAAGAUUUCCUCAGAGAAUAUGUACUGUUUCCUAUGGACUUGGCCCUGGAGGAAGCUGUUCUGGAGGAACUGACGCAGAAGGUGGCCCAGGAGCGCAAAGCCCACAGUGGGAUCCUGCCAGCAGAAGCCGAGCUUAUGUACAUCAACGAGGUGGAACGUUUGGAUGGAUUUGGACAGGAGAUCUUCCCUGUGAAGGACAAUCAUGGAAACAGUGUGCACCUGGGCAUUUUCUUUAUGGGGAUUUUCGUGAGGAACAGAAUUGGAAGACAAGCAGUAAUCUACAGGUGGAAUGACAUGGGAAACAUCACCCACAACAAGUCUACUAUCCUGGUGGAACUCGUCAACAAAGAGGAGACCGCCCUCUUUCACACGGAGGAUAUCGAAAAUGCCAAGUACAUAUCUCGACUGUUUGCUACACGGCACAAAUUUUACAAACAAAACAAAAUCUGCACCGAACAAUCCAAUUCUCCACCCCCUAUCAGACGCCAGCCCACCUGGAGCCGGUCCUCCCUGCCCCGGCAGCAGCCCUACAUCCUGCCUCCCAUGCACGUCCAGUGUGGCGAACACUACUCGGAAACACACACUUCUCAAGACAGCAUCUUCCAUGGGAAUGAAGAAGCCUUGUAUUGCAACUCACACAACAGCCUGGACUUAAGUUAUUUAAAUGGCACCGUCACCAACGGCGGCAGCGUGUGUAGCGUUCACAGUAUCAACUCCCUCAGCUGCUCCCAAAGCUUCAUCCAGGCUUCUCCCGUCUCCUCCAACCUCAGCAUCCCUGGGAGUGACAUCAUGCGGGCGGACUACAUCCCCAGCCACCGGCACAGUGCCAUCAUCGUACCAUCCUACCGGCCCACACCCGAUUACGAGACGGUCAUGCGGCAGAUGAAGAGGGGCGUCGUGCACACGGACAGCCAGAGCCAGUCCCUGCGAAACCUCAACAUCAUCAACACCCACGCCUACAACCAGCCGGAGGACCUGGUGUACAGCCAGCCCGAGAUGCGGGAGAGGCACCCGUACACGAUCCCCUACGGGCUCCCAGGGGGCUACGCGAACAAACUGGUCAGCCCUUCGGACCAGCUCAACCCCACGAAUCCCACGGUGCCGAGCAAGCCGGGGGGACCCAGUGCCAUCUCACACACGGUGAGUACCCCGGAGCUGGCCAACAUGCAGCUGCAGGGCGCCCAUAGCUACAACGCGGCCCACGUACUCAAAAACUAUCUCUUCCGGCCGCCACCCCCCUACCCACGGCCCCGGCCGGCCACCAGCACACCAGACCUCGCCAGCCACCGCCACAAGUACGUCAGUGGCAGCAGCCCCGACCUGGUGACCCGCAAGGUUCAGCUGUCCGUGAAGACCUUCCAGGAGGACAGCUCUCCGGUGGUGCACCAGUCCCUCCAGGAGGUGAGCGAGCCCCUCACGGCCACCAAGCACCACGGUGCGGUGCACAAGCGUCACAGCCUGGAGGCGAUGAGCAGCAUGGUGAGGGGUAUGGAAGCCAUGACCCUGAAGUCGCUCAACAUCCCCACGGCCCGCCGCAACACCCUGCGGGAGCCGGGGCCUCCCGAGGAGGGCCCCGGCAGCCGCGAGGUCCCCCAGCUCCCCCAGUACCACCACAGGAAGACUCUCUCGGAUGCCACCAUGCUGAUCCACAGCAGUGAGAGCGAGGAGGAGGAGGAGGAGGCUCCCGUCCCGGUGCCCCAGAUCCCCGUGCUCCGGGAGAAGGUGGAGUACAGCACCCAGCUACAGGCCGCCUUGGCCCGGAUUCCAAACAAGCCCCCACCCGAGUACCCCGGGCCCCGGAAAAGCGUGAGCAACGGGGCGCUGCGGCAGGACCAGGCGUGCCUGCCUCCUGCCGUGGCCCGGGCCAGGCUGCUGCGGCACGGGCCCGCCAAGGCCAUCAGCGUCUCCCGGGCCGACCAGCUGGCGGUCAACGGGGCCUCUCUCGGGCCAUCCAUCUCGGAGCCCGACCUGACGAGCGUGAAGGAGCGGGUCAAGAAAGAGCCUGUCAAGGAGAGACCUGUGUCUGAAAUGUUUUCCCUGGAGGACAGCAUUAUAGAGAGAGAGAUGAUGAUUCGGAAUCUAGAAAAGCAGAAGAUGGCAGGCCUGGAGGCGCAGAAGAGGCCACUGAUGUUGGCAGCCUUGAAUGGACUCUCAGUUGCUCGGGGCUCAGGGCGGGAGGAGAGUCGCGUCGAUGCCACCCGAGUUCCCAUGGACGAGAGGUUCAGAACCCUGAAAAAGAAGCUCGAAGAGGGAAUGGUGUUCACAGAAUAUGAGCAAAUUCCAAAGAAAAAGGCAAAUGGCAUUUUCAGCACAGCGGCUCUGCCAGAAAAUGCUGAGCGCAGCCGAAUCCGCGAGGUGGUUCCCUAUGAGGAGAACCGCGUAGAGCUAAUACCAACCAAAGAAAAUAACACAGGCUACAUUAAUGCCUCCCACAUCAAGGUGGUGGUCGGUGGGGCAGAAUGGCACUACAUCGCCACUCAGGGGCCCCUGCCACACACAUGCCACGACUUCUGGCAGAUGGUGUGGGAGCAGGGAGCGAACGUGAUCGCCAUGGUCACUGCAGAGGAGGAAGGCGGACGAACCAAGAGCCACCGAUACUGGCCCAAACUGGGUUCCAAGCACAGCUCAGCCACCUAUGGCAAGUUCAAGGUCACCACGAAGUUCCGAACAGAUUCCGGUUGCUAUGCAACGACAGGCUUGAAGGUCAAGCACCUUCUGUCUGGGCAGGAGAGGACCGUGUGGCAUUUGCAAUAUACUGACUGGCCAGACCACGGCUGCCCAGAGGAUGUCCAAGGAUUUUUGUCCUACUUGGAGGAGAUCCAGUCAGUCCGUCGCCAUACCAACAGCAUGCUGGAAGGCACCAGGAACCUGCGCCCCCCGAUCGUGGUCCACUGCAGCGCCGGGGUGGGGCGGACCGGUGUGGUCAUCCUUUCUGAGCUGAUGAUCUACUGCCUGGAGCAUAAUGAAAAGGUAGAAGUACCGAUGAUGCUGAGGCUCCUCAGGGAGCAAAGGAUGUUUAUGAUCCAGACCAUCGCUCAGUACAAGUUUGUCUAUCAGGUCCUCAUCCAAUUUCUCCAAAACUCCAGACUCAUUUAACCCCCGCAUCCCCAACGGCAGUUCCUGGAAGAGGGGCCCAGCUCCAUCUCGCGGAUGGGGAAACACCUCCAGACAACAUCUGUUUCCCAGCAGGGCGCAGAUGGCCGGAGCAGGCAGAGACCGCGGACUCCCUGAAGGCGGGAGCCAAGAUCACUCGCAAACAUUGUGUACUAUUUUAUAUGAGAUAAUUUAUUUUUUCCUCCUUCGGGAUAACUUUUGUGAAUCAUCCUAACUCAGUUUUCACAAUAAUAUAGUCUUUUCAUUUGAACCACAUUUUGACUGAUCUGCAGUGUAAAUAGGGCUGUAUGGAGGGAGGGUUGCCUGGUGCAUCCUUUGGCGGGGGGGGGGCAGAGGCAGAAGGGAACACAUCUCUAGUGAAGUUGGAGCCAGAUUUGUGACCAACCCUGAAAUUCAUCAGCCUAAUUGCUCAUAUCCAAAUCAAAGAUGGCAAGAAAAUGAGUGCAUCCUAAAAUAUAAAGCGCUAAGACCCUAUUUCUGAAGGGGAAAAGCAACACUAUUCUCUUAUAUAGGGGGAUCCUGUGGCUUGAUGGGGGCUUUCCAGGUGACUCUAGUGGUAAAGAACCCGCCUGCCAAUGCAGGAGACAUAAGAGACACAUGGGUUUGAUCCCUGGGUGGGGAAGAUCCCCUGGAGGAGGGAAUGAAAACCCACUCUAGUAUUCUCGCCUAGGAGAAUCCCAUGGACAGAGAAGCCUGGCAGGCUACAGUCCAUGGGGUCACAAAGAGUCAGACAUGCUGAGUGACCAAACUACGACACCGUUGGUUUGCUGGUCACCGUCCUGAACUUCAUAGGUUAGUACACAAUAAAGCAUGUUCCGGGUGCUUUCCCUCUUGCUGACUUUGGGGAAUUCUUCUGUCAUCUGGCUUCUCUUGGUGCAACUUUUCAGUCGUGGCUUUGUUCUUAAAAUGACUUUUGUGGGUAUUCUAUGAUGUAGUCCCCCACUGCUUUUUUCCCCCCUCCUGAGCUGUAAAUACGUGGAAAGAAUGGCACCCAACCCACCAGAAGGAGUGCACCUUUGUGAUUUCCAGCCACCACACAAUAGACGGGUGCGGAGGCUGAUUCCCAAUGGGCUUCUUUGGAGUAUAAAUCAACUUGGUUUCAUUCCUGGCCAGGUAUGAAAAACUCAGUUUCACACCUGAGUCUGUAUUUGGACUCAGAGUAUCUGGCGAGGGAGGGUCUCUUCCCUUCUCCUACAAGGACUGAAGAAUCAGUCAGGAGUAGAGCUUCUACUGAGCCCCCUCGGGUCUGGAAUUUUGCUGAAUGAUCUGAAGAAGGAAAACCACUAGGAUGACAUGUAUUUUCAGCGGAUCAGAGCUCAUAACUCUCACGAGGAGAUGCUCAGAACACAGAUCAGCAGCAGGCAGAGAGGUACUUGUUUCCUUUUCCUUAGAGACUUUCCAUCCUUGGGAUACUCUGCCAUUAGGGAUGUUUUAACGGUUGGUCUGCAGUUACUGGCUUAUUGUUGAUGAACCACAUCAGUAUUCCUCUUUCCUCUCUCAGCCCCCCGCGUGGGCACUGUUGAUGUCUCAUGUGGGCAGCGAGUAGAUGUGCAGUCUCUUUGAGCCCAUCACUCUUGGACCUCCUUUCAACUCACCCACUGUUGCCACUUGGUGCCGAGGGAAUAUUCAUGAAUGAACAAAAUGUAGAGAAGUAGGUUCGGUAUCCAACUUCCUAGCCAGAGUUUAUAUUAAAACGCGAAGGAAAGCAUUUAAAAGUGAUUCCCCGUAUUUUGUUUUUAAAAACAAAUGCUUUUGGUCCUUGAGCCCAUUUUGCAUUCCUUUUCGCAUCUCCGGUAAAUGCCAACCUAUCUCCUGUUAAAUUAGCAGCAGCCAUUUAAAGUCCUUACAGUGGCAUCUGCAUUGUAAUUGCCCAGAGAUGCUUUAUAUCUGGGAAGCAAGCCAAGGAAUAAACCUUGAAGCAAAGUGUAUUAAAUUAGUUAUCUAGUUAGAGCUUUUGGAAUGAGUUCCUGACGACAUAUCAAGUCUGAAGCUGGAGCUGCCGGGGUCUGUUGCUGCAGUGGGGAAAAAAUAAAAAAUGGAAGGGGAGAAAAAAAGACACUGUGUCACCACAAGGCUGUCCAACACUUUCAGGCCUCUGGGUUUGCAGCUUUUCUGGUUGAAAUGUCUUGUUUCUUUCAUCCAUCUCAUUUGGAUGCAUUGACCCAGGGUUCAUCCUUGUUUACUAUGGUCCUUGGACCAAGGGGAGCUGAGUUUGAUGUCUUCAUCCUUGAGCUGAGCUGAGGCUGCCAGCAAAGCCAGAUCAUGUCCUGCUGUGCUUUACUGGAAUCCGUAGGCUCUAAGGAGACACCACCUUUUGGCUGUAUUUAUCUUUAGACCCAUCUCUUUCCCUGGAUGGGAAGCAGAUAAGGAUUUGCUGGCUUUAGGCAGGGAUGCCAAUUGCUGGUCCCUUUAUAGGCAAGGAAUGGGGUUCCUCCCCUCAGCUGGAGAGAACAGUAAGGUCAGGGACAUCUCCACGUGGACUGUUCUGAGUAAUAAACUUUGGAGAACUUUACUUCUACAUUUGUGGUCCUAGAUUGAGAAGCACGACUAUUGUUUUGACUGUCAUUAGUCAUUUGCCUCCAAGUUCCUUGGUCCUCUGGCACCUUCCUCCAUCAGCCUGGAUAGAGGGUCCUUGUGGGCUCUGCUGGGUGGGGUCCUGUGGGACUUGUCUAUUGGCUGCCCAGGACACAUUUAACCUUUAUCCUGCCUACACUCAGCUCUUUCUAUAAACCCUGGUGGCUACAGUAAGUCAGCACUCUGAUCCAGUUGCCGACCUUUCUUAUCCUUUUCCAGGUUGACUCCUAUGAAAUUUCCAGUAUUUGGACCAUUUUUAAAAUUCACAAUGACAGAAAAUUCACAAUGACAGAAAAUUCACUUGGAUCAACCUAAUAUGUACAGUUUCUUCCCCUUGAUUAGUGUGGAUCCCAGUGUGCCAUAUGUCUUUUCUCAAGAGCUAAUGAACACGAAAGCGUGUACGUUGGGUUCUUUCUGUGAACCUGUGGCCUUGCUGCAGCGACCCUUGCCUCACUUGAUGAGUGGGCUGUCCCCUGGGGCUUGGAGUCACACUUUGCAGAGAUCCCCGUGCACUUUGGAUUCUCAUAAGCAUAUGUCUGGGGGUUUUCAGCUGUUGUUCUUUCUUGAUGUAUAGUCCGUAUUAGCUGGCCUUAGCCCAGUGGUUAUGGAAAAUAAUUGUGGGCCCAAAGGUGUCCAGAGUGGCAAAGCAAAAUGUGCUUUCAAAUCUCUCCCCCACUUCCAGUCAUGUGUAUGAUGGAGAA